AUGGUGCUGGAGCCGCAAGCAGCCAAGAGGAGACACCCCACGUCCAAGGCUGCCCCAAGGUUCAUUGCCGGGUUCCCACCCAGCCUCUGGACAGCGCCCUGCCCUUCUCGGAAACACCUACCCAACCCAGGAGGGGUCCCCACAACCCCCGAGCCCACCCCAGGAGAACCACCCACUGCAGCCCCGCCCCGCCAGGGCCCCACGUGUCGGGCCCCACCCCGGCGCUGGCGGCCCUUUAAACACCCCCACCCUUACACAGUACCCCCCCCCAACCCCGACCCGAACGGCAGCCGGAGAGGGACAAAACUCAUGGCGUUCCGCCAGCUUCCUCCGCGGAUCUCGUCCCGGACCACCCGGCCCGUGGGGCCUUCCACCCUGGGUCACAGCCCCUGGCGUCCCCAAGGCCGCGGCGGCCCGGCAGAGGAGUGUCGCUGCGGCCCAGCUGCGGGGCGGGGCCGGCGGGAGCGCAGGUCUCCGCCGCUGCCACGGCUGCCUCCGCCUGCUGCGAGGGCCGCCCGCUCGCCCGCCGCUGGGUGCGCUGCACGCGGGGGGCAGCCGCGGUGCAGAGGUUCAUGCAGCGGCAGCGGCGGCGGCGGCGGCGGCGGCGGCGGCANGCGCUACAAGACCCCCUACUUCAAAGCUUCGGCCCGCGUGGUCAUGCCCCCCAUCCCCCGCCACGAGACCUGGGUGGUGGGCUGGAUCCAGGCGUGCAACCAGAUGGAGUUCUUCAACACCUACAGCGACCUGGGCAUGUCAAGCUGGGAACUGCCUGACCUGAGGGAAGGGAGAGUAAAAGCGAUCAGUGACUCAGAUGGGGUGAGCUACCCUUGGUACGGGAACACCACAGAAACUGUGACCCUGGUUGGCCCCACCAACAAGAUCUCCAGGUUCUCCGUCAGCAUGAAUGACAAUUUCUACCCCAGUGUGACGUGGGCAGUGCCAGUGAGUGACAGCAAUGUGCCGCUGCUCACAAGGAUCAAGAGGGACCAAAGUUUCACCACCUGGCUGGUGGCCAUGAACACGACGACGAAAGAGAAGAUCAUUCUGCAGACCAUCAAGUGGAGGAUGAGGGUGGACAUUGAGGUGGACCCGCUCCAACUUUUGGGGCAACGGGCCCGGCUGGUGGGCAGGACUCAGCAGGAGCAGCCCCGGAUCCUGAGCCGGAUGGAGCCCAUACCCCCCAAUGCACUAGUGAAGCCCAAUGCCAACGAUGCCCAGGUCCUCAUGUGGAGGCCCAAGCGGGGGCCACCUCUAGUUGUGAUCCCUCCUAAGUAGAAGCAGACUGGCCUGACUGUGUGCGGAGCAUAUGCCACUGAGACACGCAGUGAGGUUGCCAGGAGUGGCAGGAGCCAAACUGAGUUUCUGAGCCAAAGCAGACCUCGUGGUUUGCCAGCCUUUGCAGCCACUUGUGAAGAGUAGAGCUGCUCCUUGGGUGGUAGAACCAUAAUCCUUAGGAAAAAACCCCUUCUUUUUAGGAAUAAAGAAAAUCACUGCUCUGAGAGACUUGCUGUGAUUACCAUGCAAGUAGCCAUAUUUUGGAGCUGACCGGGAUGAUUAUUUUAUCUGAACUAUUGACCAUUUCUUUCCUGUGAGAUGCAGGGGAUGGAAACAAAAUUAAACAGUGCCUGUGGCAAAUGCUGCUUCCCGACCAAUUAGAAGUGAAAGUGAAAACAUCCACCCAGGUCACCUAGUAGAACAAGGCACGCCCAGGAGCAGAACCACAUGGCAGAGACUAAAGAGGAGGAAGUGAGCAAUGGCUGCUGGCUCGAGAAGCUGAAGCCCUGGAGAGCUGACUGCCCAUUAAAAUGGGCGCCAUCCUGCCUGUCUCCUCACCAUCCUCCCAUUCCCUCACCCCAUGACCUGUCCCCCUUCCCACCCCCAACACACACAGCACUCUCCACAGGCUGGCUGGUUGGCUCCUGCGGAGCUGUGUUGAAGUGGGAGUUGUGCCGGCUGCAUCUUUUUGUGUGGAACGGUUGGGUCCAUCCAGACCUCAAGUCCAUUCCCACAGCUCUAAGUGAAGCUGGGAUGAAGUGCUGGUCAAUUGGGACUUCAGAUACCUAAAAUGUUCCAGCAUUGGUUCCCAAGCCCUAACCUCCCUCCCUAUACUUUUGGGUGAAAAACAGAGGGAAUAUAUAUCUCCUCUCCUUCUCCCUCUUCCACAUGGGUGGCCAAUGUUAACACUCUGUCUAGAUUUCUCUGAUCCUCGCAGAGCCGGGGCCAAAGCAGUCCUACUUCCUCCACACGACUGGGCUGGUUACUUUCAGGUGACCAAGGGCAAAGUGUACGUCACCAGGAUCAAUGGGGUGAGGAGAGAACCACUCUAAGAGAACAAAAACUGUGUGCAUUUUUCUGUUUAUUGCCUUGCUUACUGGUUUGUUUAUUUAUUUAUGAAACCUGUGUUUAUUAUAUAACAGAAAAAUCUACUCCCAUCUCACCCCAGAAUUUGUCUUCUUGGCCCCGUACAGCACAGUGAAUAGUUCCUCUCUGAAGUGACAGGAAACAGGGGGGAAAUUCUCUCCCUGUGCCCAGACAUCUCCACCUCAGACAGAUUUUAAACCAGAGGCGGGUUGGAGACCUAGUGAGGCUGUAAAGCCAAACAAACCAAUAGAGGCUUGACUGUCCAAGCAGAAGCUCUCAGAACUGUCCCCCACAGUCCCCCCUCAUAUCAACCCUUCUCCUCUCCUUCAUGUGAUGGUGGGGACUGACCAGUCAGCUCCAGCCUGGCCCUCUCAGAACUAGACUUCUCAAUUGCUCUGGUGCUGUCUUCUUAACUAAUGUGGCAAGUACAUUUGAGACACCGAGGAGCUUACAGAAAACCCAUGUCUGAUCCCUGCCCCAACUCAUUCCAGCAGAAUCUUUGUGGGUGGGGCCUGGGACGGGUGUUUUUAAGAAGUCACCCAGAUGAUUCUAACGUGAGACUGGGAUUGAGAAGCACUUCUAGUGUCUUCCCACCUUUGGCCCUCCCCCCGCCCACAUUCUUCAUCCGUGAUUUCCCAAGUUUUCUCCUGUGCCAAGAAUAGGAAAAGGCCUUUGAGGGGUGAAGCAUUCUUGUCCCACUCCUCCCCCUGAGCCUUCCCCAUUUCUGACUCUUCCCCAUUAGGUCAGUCAACCUGGCAGAUCCUGCCAGCUGUACCCAAGAGUGGUUCCUGCGCAGCCUGUGGGCUGAUCUCAGACCUACCCUUUGCCACAUUCUCUCUCCACUUGCCCCUCCCCAGGCUCCCCAACUCCACAUGAACGUCUUCAGAUCCCAAUCCGGGUGAAAGGUCCAUGCCCAGUCUUUAUAAGCCACGCCUUGGCCAUUUCUGCAGAGCCACCUGAAGCGAAUGAAAGUCUGCUGAAAAUGGAGAAAGGAGUCAUGUUGCCCCAAGCCAGUCCUUUCCCCGAGAACCGGACCCAUCCAAAUCCCAGACAGCUCACAAGAUCUCUUACUGCGGACUGUGAGGAAAUGUGUGUGUGUGUGCACAUGUGCACAGACUGUAUACACACCACAGGGAUGCAUGGAGAUAUACCCUGUUCUUCACAGGCCCAAGUGAAUUCUGCUGGGUUGGCCACAAAGCUCAUUUGGGUUUUUCCAUAGUAUGUUACAGAAAAACCUGAAUGAACUUUUUUGACCAACCCAAUAUAUUGGGUAUAUACCCAGAAUGUUGUAAUAUUUACAAACUGUUAGAUAUACCACACACACACACAGGAAACCUGUGGUGUGGGAGGAGUCAUUUUUGCUACCCCAUCCCUCCAAGGGUUACUCUCCUGCCCCUGAGAAACCUCCUGGAGCAACUAUUGAUACUACGUCACAGCCUCAGCUGCCCAAGCUGUCCCUCUCCUGCACCCCGUGUCACCCAGCCUUCUUCCCCAACAGUCAGAAUGUGCCGGCCCCUCCAUCCCAUCUCUCAGGGUCCUGCUCUGGAUAGGUGGCAGGCAGUUCAGUCAGUGGGUGCUGAAGACUUGAGUGUUGCCCUCUCAGGUGACACUUACGUUUUAAUAGGGGCUAUAGAUUUUGCCUUAACCCGAAAGCGUGGCUCUCGUGGUGGGAAUUUCAGGCACAGUAGUGGGCCAGUAAGGGAUGUUAUUUUUUAUCAGAAGGGCUUUUUAGAGCCCCUAAAUCAUGCCUAUGUCUAAAAUCAAACCUUCUUCAGUGCAUGAGCACAAGCAAGCACACUGAAUGUAUAUACACUUCCCCUAACUCUGGGACACCUCCCUUAUAUCGGCCACAUCUUAAAAAAAAAAAAAAGGAACCAGCUAAAUUAAUUGAAACCUCACUGGGAAAUGUAGCCUAUUUUUCACUGGCCGCCAGCCAUCUGGCCCACCCCACCCUGUCCCACUUCCCUUCUGCUCCUUCUCUUUUCUGCUCCCACCGUGUCAGUUCAUCGAUUUGUACAUCUUCUCCGUGUUCUUCUGACCCACCUCACCACAUGUAUUUCCUUCCUUUCCUGUCUCCCAAUUGGAAUUGUGCUGUUUUCUGUGUCGUCAGGACAAAGAGCAGGUUCGAAGCAUGAGCAUGUGUGUGUCGCUCUGAAGAAAGAGGACCCAGGUAUUCUGCUACAGUUUGGAGAAGAACCCAAUGAAGGAAGAGAAUGAAAGCUGGCUCUGCAGAGUGCCUUAAAAAUGACUUUAAUUAGGAAAUUCUGAAUUGUCAGUCUUUGGACAUUACAUAAACUCAAACAGAUGUUGCAUUUCACUUCUCUGGGAUUAAAAAAUGUUAAA